AUGGCCUUCCCCACCACGGAACAUCCUGCUCGUGAAAAAGGAAUGUUCUUCAGAGGCUGCCAACUCACUCAAAGAGUUUGCCUGGUAGGAGUCCCGUGGCAACUUAGCCCCUCGCUCUUUUGCAUCAAGGAAUUCACUGAUGCUUCCAUCAGUCAUCUGCACAAUGCUUAUCCUUCUGUCAGCAUUCUUCUAGAGCCUCACACUGCCCAUGAGAUUCAUGGCGACUUGCCGUUUCCGACAUAUUCUGGUGAGAUUAGCAUGUGGUCCCCUCAAAUUUUCCAUGAUAAAGUCGACCUUGUGGUCACUCUAGGUGGUGAUGGGACCAUUCUUCGUGCAUCAUCGCUUUUUGCUUCUUCCGACAAUGUCCCCCCAAUGUUGUCCUUCAGUAUGGGCACACUUGGGUUCUUGAGCGAAUGGAAAUUCCCCGAGUACAAAAGGGCUUUUCGGGAAGUGUACAUGUCAGGCGCUGGUGUUGAAGCUCGGAAUGUAGCACUUGAUGAUUCCAUGUCAGCCCCAGCAGGCCCUGCUGACAACGCUGGACCUACUGGGUGGUCUUCAAUCCGAGGAAAGUCGAUGGGUCCCUCUCGCGCGGCGAAAGUGUUGAUGCGAAACCGGCUAAAGGUGGGAGUGUUUGCCGCUGAUGGUACACCGUUAACCUCCGCUGGUGCCGCAACCCCUUCUUCAAUUAGCUUGCAUGCCAUGAAUGACGUUAUCAUCCAUCGUGGGAGGGACCCUCAUCUGGCGGUGGUUGAGGUCUUCGUAGGAGGACGAUUUCUAACAGAGGCUGUGGCGGAUGGGAUGAUUGUUUCAACUCCCACGGGUAGCACGGCAUAUAGUCUGAGCAGUGGCGGAAGCAUCAUUCAUCCACUCGUUUCAUCAAUCCUGCUGACCCCCAUCUGCCCUCGAAGCUUGAGCUUUCGGCCCUUGGUACUACCAGCGGGGACACCCAUCACUUUGAAGCUGAGUGACAAGAAUCGAGGUCGAGAAGUCGAAGUUAGCCUUGAUGGAGUUAGACGGAAAGAAAGCAUGAGCGUUGGUAUGGAAGUUCGUGUUACAGGAGAAGAACUCAAGCGGGCUGGAAGCCGCAUAUAUAGUGGUGUUCCGUGUGUUAUGAGACGAGGCGGUGCAGCAGGAGAAGGAGACGAUGGAUGGGUGGGAGGUCUGAACGGUUUGUUGAAAUUCAACUACCCCUUCGGCGAAGAGUCGUGA